GCAAUUGAGGGCACCUACAUCGACAAGAAGUGUCCCUUCACUGGUAAUGUCUCUAUCCGUGGCCGAAUCCUGUCAGGUGUGGUUACCAAAAUGAAGAUGCAGCGCACCAUUGUCAUCCGUCGAGACUACCUGCAUUACAUCCGCAAAUACAACCGCUUCGAAAAGCGCCACAAGAACAUGUCAGUGCAUCUCUCCCCCUGCUUCAGGGAUGUCCAGAUUGGGGAUAUUGUCACCGUGGGAGAGUGUCGUCCCCUCAGCAAGACUGUCCGGUUCAAUGUCCUCAAAGUCACAAAGGCUGCUGGUACCAAGAAGCAGUUCCAGAAGUUUUAAAAAUGGCAUGUGACAGAUAUGCAGGACAAAUAAAGCUUUU